CUUCUCGGUUAAGGUUUGAUGGGACUUGUUGGUUGGUGAAGAUCUGACCUUUUUUUUUUUCUCCCUCUUCUUGUCAUUAAUAAUAUAUUUUUCCUCUUUUAUUCUUCAGCUCAUCAUUCUACCAGAUGACACCCCCAUCUCUGCUGUGGAACCCAGGACACAUGUACAACACGCCCAAGUGCAUUCAUGUAGAACGCAUGAUAUUCAUGAUAGCCCCUGCAUCUCUCGUGUAUGUGCGCGUGCAAAUCACAUCAUUCAUUCACCCCAUCUGCCAUUUACCUUGAAACGUCCCAUUGGCAAUUACAGAACUUCACACUCCUCAGCUUCCCUUGGCAGAAUGUUCUUUAAGCCCUGUAUUUCUUUAACAGAAUGUUCUUUUCCCUAAGCAAAAUGCCUAGCUUCUACCUCACACACACUACCACUGCGUUUUCCAUGUGCAUUUCCCCUUCUCCUUUCUCCAAUUGGAACGUUUUAGGCCCACCCCAGUACUCAUUUCUGGGCCUAACACCACCCUGUCUCACUUUAUUGCUUUAAAGGAACCCAUGGUUACGUUUUUGCAUUAGUGGAGAAUGCCAAUUUCUCACUCUUACAUUAAGGCACACAAAGAGAUGAAGCAGUGCAGGUUCACCUUGUUUGUCAAAGAACUGUCAAUACGCAUUAGAAGGGAGGUUAGAGAAGGGAGUUUUCAGAUCACAACUACUAUAUUCUUCUGUUUGUCAGUGGCAUUUUUUGUGGUCAUUCUGGGAAUGUUCAUCAAUGAUCAUGUUAGGAAGUUCAUAGUCUCAGAGGAAUUCUACUUACCUCAACUCACUAAAUUUUCUCAACUGUCACCUUGGUCUCCAUAUUCACAGUUUCUAUGCAACACUUCCUUGUUUUCUUCUCCUACCUUGCCGCCGUUGAAUUCCUCAACUAGUAGUAGAGCAUUGAGAGAUUUGAUAGCUCCCAAGGAACUAUGGCAUUCCAUGAACGAUAAAGAGCUGAUGUGGCGAGCAUCAAUGGUUCCUCAUUUUGUGGAUUACCCAUAUGAUCGGAUCCCAAAAGUGGCAUUCAUGUUUUUAAGCAGGGGAAGAUUGCCAUUGGCAUCACUUUGGGAGAAGUUCUUCAAAGGUCAUGCAGGGCUAUACUCAAUUUACCUCCAUACUUCACCAGAAUUCAACACUGAGAUGCCAGAAUCCUCGGUGUUUUACAAGCGCAGAAUACCAAGCAAGCCAGUUGACUGGGGAAAGGCAACAAUGGUGGAUGCUGAGAGGCGCCUGCUAGCGAAUGCCCUCCUUGACUUCUCCAAUGAGAGAUUUGUUCUACUCUCAGAGACAUGCAUUCCUUUGUUCAACUUCACUACCAUCUACAAAUACCUCAUCAACUCUAACCACAGCUUUGUCAGCUCUUUUGAUGAUCCUAGACACAUCGGCCGUGGCCGUUACAACAAACGAAUGUUUCCAACUGUGACAUUGCCUGAUUGGCGCAAAGGGUCCCAAUGGUUUGAAGUCUACCGGAAGCUCGCCAUUGAGAUAGUGUCAGAUGUGACAUACUACCCCAUCUUUCAAGAACAUUGCAGGCCUCCUUGUUACAUGGAUGAACACUACUUAGCAACUCUUGUGAAUAAGCUCCGCCCAGACCUGAACUCAAAUAGGAGCAUCACUUGGGUUGAUUGGUCCAGGGGUGGCUCACACCCAACAAAGUUUGUGAGGAAGGAUGUUGCAGAAGCGUUUCUGAAUCAGGCAAGACAUGGGUUUAAUUGUUCUUAUAAUAGUGGUUUGAGCUCUAUUUGCUUCCUUUUUGCCAGGAAAUUUCAUCCUAGCACUCUAGAGCCUUUGCUAAGGAUAGCUCCCUCACUGCUUGGUUUUGACCCCUAGAAUAUGUUUAUUCAUGAGGCAAUGAUUUAAGUUGAGUUGCUACAGCACUUCCUCAGGCUUAUGCCAACAAGCUACAUGGGUCAUGAGAACAAUCCUAUUCUACCAGGAUUCAGGAUGGUGCCUACCUUUUCUAUUCUUCUUUGCCUUUCCAAUCUAUAGGUAAAUUAAAAUAUUAUGGAACACAAUUUGUGACAAGUCCUGUAACAUGGCCUGUUUUAAAA